CAAGGUUUGCCUGAAGGCGGCAUCAGACCCGAACAACGAGUAAACACGUUUACCUAACUUUUGCUUUCCGCUUGACAUGAAAUUGAACAAUUGGCAAGUGAACAGUUUUUUUCUGCUGGCCUUGGCAUCUACCUUGCCAAAAAAAAAAAGACUAGGUUGCUAAACAGCUUGGAGAGUCAGUUCACGAAGUUCGUGUGAGUGCUUUCCUCUGUAACAAAAGACCUUCAGAGAUGCCGAAUGCCGCGCACACAAAGAACACGUGCCGGACACCACAAAUGUCUGGAAUGGCCAUGAAUCGCCUCGCCGUUUCUAAUAAUAGACAUCUCUCUCACCUCCCCUUCUCCAAGCUUCAGCGCACGUGCGCGACGGACAUCUCGCGCUCGCUCGUGCACUGUCCAUAAUUUAUGAAUAAAAGCCACAUGGCUGCAUCGAUCUGUCUGCGACGAUCUCCUCCGACUGGCACCAGCAGGUUCAACCCCUCCUCCCCCCGACAUCCUCUACCCUCCGUGAGCCAGCUCUAUUGCGAGACAAGCUCAGCGCCUAUUUCUGUUGAGAGCGAGGAACGGUUCGGUUCGCAAACCUUGUCUGGUGCCAGAGGCACACACGCCAACUGUGACCGCCACCCGCUUACCCACACCGGUGACAGAGCCAACAACACUUCGUCCCCCGUUUUGUGCAAUCAAUCCACGCGACCGCUCAGUUCGUCGCGAGACAAGUGUGUGUGUGUCGUCUGCUUUGGUGCUCCUCCGUGCUGGAGGGACAGACUACAGUCUUUGCGUUUUUCCACCCGUCUGUCUGACACUGCAUGCACGACCUCACUGAACCGCACAAGCAGCUCGGGUGGCUUUGCUGUUAUCGACAGGUUUUUACAGCCGGCGCGCAAAAUCAAAGGACCAGCCAGGCGUCAGACUGUAAUCGUGUCCAGCAUGGGCGAGAGCGGCUUCCACGACCACUUCGACGACCGGCGGCUGGCGCGUAUUAGCAGCGGCGGCAUAUCGCGCUCCGGCCGUCGCUCACCGACCUCGCACAGCGACCACAGCGUGCUGAUCCGCACCAGCCUGCUGAAGGUGUCGGAGGGCAAGAAGGCCAAGAAGAUUCGCUUCUACCGCAACGGCGACCGCUUUUUCCAGGGCAUGGUGUACGCCGUCAGCCCGGAGCGCUUCCGCACCUUCGAAUCGCUGCUGGCCGAACUGACCAACUCCCCCAUCUGCGACAAAAACGUUAUGCCGCAAGGCGUGCGCCACAUGUUCACUUUGGACGGAUCGAGAAAAGUCGUCAGCCUGGAGGAGCUGGAGGAGGGUGAGAGCUAUGUCUGCGCCUGCACCGACCUCUUCCGGCGCCUGGACUACGCUCGCAGCUGCAGCAGCCCCAACUGGAGCGCCAACCGGAAGUUCGCUGGAAGGGAGGCGACCCCGGGUGGGGGCAGCGGCGGCGAGGUGUCACGGCCUUUGUCUACGAGGGCGGAGCAGCAGGCAGCGGUAGAGGACGAGAUUAAGGACUUCAUCAAGCCCAAGCUGGUGACGGUCAUCCGCAACGGCUCCAAACCGCGCAAGGCGGUGCGGGUGCUGUUGAACCGCAAGACGGCGCAGACCUUCGACCAGGUUCUGACCGACAUCACGGAGGCCAUCAAGCUGGACAGCGGUGCCGUGCGCAGGAUCUACACGCUGGACGGCCGACAGGUAAUGACUCUGGCAGAUUUUUUUAAGGACGAGUCUGUCUUCAUCGCCUACGGACAAGAACGACUGGCGGCUGAUGACUUCGACCUCGACGUCAACGAAGUUCGACAUGUCAGUGCAUAUCGAUCAGCUGCCGUGACGGCCAAGCCACGUGACCGAGUGACCCUGAGGUCACCGAAAUCCCCUCGCCGCUCCACGCCUCCGUCAAGAGAAGGCAGCAGAAAUGGGUCGGAGUCGCCAAAGAUGGGUCUGUCUCCGAAGUUGCCACGAAAAUUGAGAACUGUGUCAGCGCCAAAAUACCGCCAGGUCAAUGGAAAUGCUUCACAAAAGGAGGACGGCAUGGAAGAUGUUGACGGAAUACCAGGCGGGCUGCUGGAGAGCUAUGAAAUUGGAAAUGUGAUCGGCGAAGGCAACUUUGCCAUAGUGAAAGAAUGUCUUGACAGGAGUACUGGGCGCAAAUUCGCUCUGAAGAUCAUCGAGAAAUCCAAAUGUAAAGGCAAGGUACGAGGAAAAUUCGAAUGGUGGUUCCUUCCCUCACCUUCCCCACUCUGUUCCCUACUCUUCCUGCUAUUACAUCCCAACAUCGUGCAGCUGGUGGCCGACUUUGACCGCCCAGAUGCCCUCUACCUCGUCAUGGAACUGGUCAAGGGUGGGGACUUGUUUGACGCUAUCUCCUCGGCCACCAAGUACACGGAACGCGACGCCAGCGGCAUGUUGUACAACCUGACCAGUGCCCUCAAGUACCUGCACUCACUGUCCAUUGUGCACCGCGACAUCAAACCAGAAAACAUACUCGUGUGUGACCAUGGCGUCGGCAGCACAUCUCUCAAGCUGGGAGACUUCGGACUGGCCACCGAGGCAACCAAACCUCUGUACACUGUCUGCGGCACACCCACUUACGUGGCACCAGAAAUCCUGGCAGAAGUCGGAUAUGGGGUCAAAGUUGACAUAUGGUCUGCUGGAGUCAUCACCUACAUUCUCCUGUGCGGUUUCCCACCGUUCGUCAGCGCGACUGAAGAUCAGGAUGAACUGUUUGACCUUAUCCUGGCCUGCAAACUCGACUUUCCGUCUCCAUUCUGGGAUUUCGUUUCAGAACCUGCGAAGGACUUGAUUUACGGCAUGCUGGAGCUGGCCGAGAAACGAUUCACCGCUCAAGAAGUGAUGCAGCAUCCAUGGGUCUCGGACGACGUUGCAAGAGACCGAGAUCUCCAUGACAACGUGGCCAAGCAGUUGACAGCCAGCGGCCGCCUGGCUGGACGCAAGAGGUCUGGAAUGGCCGGCAUCCGUCUCAUCAUGUCCACCCCACUCGACAAAGGCUCGCGCUACUUUCAGGGAAGAGGAAACGCCCCCCUUGCUCUCCAACCCCACGGUCAGGACGAGGUCAGCGACGACGAAAUAUUCUGAAGAGCCGCCCUCUGUCGCGUUACCAAGGAAACAGACCUUUGCGCCUGUUACAAGGCAGAACCAUGGUUUACGUGUUCACACGAUGUGUAUACGAGGUUCUGUUGGAAAGCAUUUGAAAGCAAAGGACUCGCGCCAGUGAGCGCAAUUUCCUGCAUGCGUGCGAGCCAGCAAUAUGAGAUGUUUGAAAUCGCCAUUUCGUUUAUGUCGGCCUUGGUUAAGAUUUAAUUUUGUGAACAAUUGCGUGCGUGCCCAUACUGCGCACAGGAGAGAGAGAGCACGAGAUGUGAGAGAGUGCAUGUGUUCAUUAUCUGAAAAAAUUCCUGGUAACAGGUAACUGCUUCUUUUUGCCGAAAACGACGGCAGCUGCGAAUCACGAUGUCAAAUGGCUGGCCCAUUUAAGACUUGUUCUUUGGUCUGAUAUUUGUGUGGUGGUCAUAUUUUCCUUGGAGGUGUGCGAUUUAUUUUUUUUCUUUUCUUUACAUUUUUUAAUUAACCGAUUGCCAGGACUGAUGAUGCGGCAGUUAUUCAUCUCAGGAUGUAGUAACUCUGCUCAACAUAUAUAUAAAUAUGCACAAGUAUAUUAAGUAUAAAUAUAACCUGUUGUCCUGGGAAAUUUUUGCCUUUUACACAACCAAAGAUAAUGUUAAUAAUGAGGUGUUCACAAAAACACUCAACAGUAGCUCAGCUUUUUUUUAUAUACAUAUUCUUCGUAUUCACUACCAGUUGAUUGUUUAGUUCUGGACUUAAAUAUAGUCAAUCUAAAGGUACAGUUUUUUUUUCUCUCACUUUAAAUAUAUCACUGCCUAAUACUUUUCUGUCGUGUAGUCGUCAUUUAAAACUUAAAUAAAUUACUACCAAUUGCAGCUUGGAUAUAUCACUGGGAAACUCUUUCAGAGCAGUUAUGUAUAGUAAAAGAACCAUAAAACACGCUAACAUUACUCAAAUUUUCUUGAGGCCAGCUUUUUGUCAGGACGGUCACCAUCUCUUCCCUCCUUGCUUUUCCGUCCCAAACCCCCCUAUGGGUUCAGGUACCCUAGUUAGCAGCUACUUCAAUUAAGGGGUCUGGCAUCAAACAGAACAGUGUGCAAGCCUUUGGUCUAGAACAUGUACUCCAACUUCCCCAUCUAAAAUAAUUCACACCAACCUAGGUUGUGCUGCUUAGGACAUGAGAUGUAAACUUCAAGGCUGAAUACAGUGUAACAGAACCAUGUAACCUAAGGACAGAUAAUGUACCGCCACCAGUCGUUCUAUGGGAGAUAAUUCAUCACUUGCUAAUCAAAGUUGUGUAAAGAGCCCACUAUUUAACAACGGUUAGGCAUCUUCCGCGGCCAGCUUCCAACUAUUUAAAUAUUUCAGUGCAUAAGCUGUCCUUUGGCUGGUUACAAUGCUUUACAUAUGCAAUAGCCAAUUGUGUUGCUCUGAUUUGAUGUUUUGUAUUGUUUCCUCACUAUUUAAAACUCGUGAGAUUUACAGCUCUGAUAUUAUGAAGACAUUGUGAUGGUGAUCUAGUCUUUUGUUUUAUCAUCCACAGUCUUCUCGUUGUCUUUGUAUACGAUGUAUAAUAAUAACCACGUGGCAAUCAGAAAUACUGUCAAGGUUUCCUAUGACGGUUCUUUAAAGUUCUGUUUAUGUUGGACACCCGGCAUCUUGACAUGUUCACGUGUAAAAUUCGUCUGCUUAAAGCCACAACCAUACAUCCCCAAAUAACCCAUUUGGGCAAAGCUAACAAGAAGUUUUAAAUUCCGUCGCACUUGUUAUAAUUUUAUAAUUUAUUCUCGGUCACUGAAAUAUUUUUGAAGAAUGGCUAAUGCUAAGUUUCAGUUUCAAUUAAUAUUCUAUGGCAGCAAUGAUUCUUUAUAAAUUAUUAGAUCAGUCCUGCUUGGGAACAGUCCAGCUGAAGGGCAUCAUCAAUAGCUUUCUUGCACUUCCUUAUAGCCUAUCAUGAAGCAGAUCCUCCCAGUAUAAAAUUUGGUAGCAGAAUGCUGCAUGUAGUCACUUGUAUUGUGAAAUUCAUCAGUACUUUUAUAAGACUUAAAAUUAAUAAGGCGUAGAAUGAUGAAAACAAUGGAAAAUAACAUCAAUACACUAUGGCUGUGGCUCUAACGUGACAAACUUUACUCUCUCAAUCUGUAAUCUCUUCCAAUAAAACUUCUGGUUCUAUACA